AUGAAGUCAUUUAAUAUUGUAUGUUUAGGUUUGUCGUUUAUUUUGUAUUUGACUUCACAUUUAGCUGAUGCCUGUUCUUGUGCAAGGUUGCCCGUAUCGAAAAAUAUCGUCUGUGGAUCGUCAUAUGCAAUUAAAGCAAAGGUGUUGAGAAAAGAGAGAGAUGUUAUUCAAGAUGGUUUUCCCGGUUUCCAGCAAAAUGUUUUUGUUUAUACCGUGAAGAUAUUCAAAGAUUUCAAGAAUGCAAAUAGUUACCUUGGGACACAGAAAAUUUACACUGGAGAAAAUUCGGCAGCUUGUGGAGUUAAUUUAAAACUUAAAGAAGUCUACCUUUUGACAGGGAGCAUUAGAAAUAAGAAGUGGUGGAUAGAACUCUGCGGUGGUGGGUAUCAGGAAACUUCAACCUUAAGUGCAUUUCAAAAAAGAGCUUUAAAACGCGGAAUUUACCAGAAGAACUGUGACUGUCAGACAAGAUACUGUGGUGAUUCCCAGAGCGACCCGAAAUGCUCAGCUCAAGAAAGGAAUGAAUGUUUAGUCACAGAGAACAGUGACUGUUUCAGGAAAAACAACGCUUGUGUUAAUGUUUCUGGAAGGUGCCAGUGGCUAACCCAGGCUUGUCAAGGAAGUCCAUAUAACCCAGGGAAAUAAAA